AUGGUUGAGGGAGUGAAAAUCAUGGGAACUUCGGAUGAGAGUGACCAUGUCAUACUAGAAUUCACCAUACAGGAUUCCGACAUUGAUUGGGAUGAUCUUUGGGAUCAAUUUGAAGAAAGAAAAUAUCUGAGUGUUCGGAGAUGGAAAGGCGGAGAGGAUCCAUAUCGACUGUAUGCCUUUAACCAACGGGAGAGUGAACGGAUGCCCAGUGAUCGUGCCAUCCAUGAUACUAGGCACCACAGGUGUACUUCUUUACACUAUCGUACAGAUCUGCCACCAACCAGCAUCAUUAUCACCUUCCAUAAUGAAGCUCGGUCUACAUUAUUGAGGACAAUAAGAAGUGUGCUGAACCGAACCCCGGUGCAUCUGGUCCAUGAAAUCCUAUUAGUAGAUGACUUCAGCGAUGAUCCGGAUGAUUGCCGUUUGCUGAUCAAGCUCCCCAAAGUGAAAUGCCUGCGUAACAGUAGAAGAGAAGGUUUGAUCCGUUCCCGCAUUCGAGGAGCAGAUGUGGCCCAGGCAGGGGUUCUUACCUUUCUAGACAGUCACUGUGAGGUGAACAAGGAUUGGCUGCUUCCUCUUUUGCAGAGGAUCAAAGAGGAUCCAAGCCAUGUGGUGAGUCCAGUUAUUGAUAUAAUCAAUUUGGACACCUUUGCUUAUGUGGCAGCUUCUUCAGAUCUAAGAGGAGGAUUUGACUGGAGUCUUCAUUUUAAAUGGGAGCAACUUUCUCUAGAGCAAAAAGCCAAGCGAUCAGAUCCCACAGAGCCCAUCAAGACUCCUAUCAUUGCUGGGGGGCUUUUUGUAAUUGACAAGGCCUGGUUCAACCAUCUGGGAAAAUAUGAUGCUGCAAUGGACAUCUGGGGUGGGGAAAAUUUUGAAAUCUCUUUCCGAGUGUGGAUGUGCGGCGGAAGCUUGGAAAUCAUCCCCUGCAGUCGGGUUGGACAUGUCUUCCGGAAGAAGCAUCCUUACAUCUUCCCAGAAGGAAAUGCCAACACUUAUAUAAAAAACACCAAGCGCACAGCGGAAGUGUGGAUGGAUGAAUACAAGCAAUACUAUUAUGCAGCCCGGCCUGCAGCUCAAGGGAGACCAUAUGGAGACUGUUCGGAAUGGACGUAUACAUAUAACCAGCAAAUCCACUUUCAACAGUUAUGCUUGUCCAUACAUACCCUCUUUCCAGGUUCCCAGGUGAUGCUUUUGCCUUGCAAAGAAGGGGAUGGCAAGCAGCGCUGGAAUAAAGUUGGUUCUCACAUUGAGCACAUGGCUACCCGCUAUUGCCUGGACACAGAAAUGGUGGGAGAUAGCAGUGAGAGCAUGAGAGAAGUGGUCAUUAACCCCUGUGAAAGCACAGCAAUGAGUCAGCGGUGGGAAAUGGUGAUGUCCUGAACUCAUCUAUCAAUUCACCAUCAAGCUCAUCUGGAAGGACCUUUGUCAGAAAUUGGCAAGGCUGUUGUCCAGUAUAGGGGUUGGUAUGGGCUUGCUUUUCUGUGGGGCAAGUCAAAGAAUAAGAACAUGCAGUUGUGCUGAUGUUAAAGAAAGGCUCACAAGUGCUGGCUUUAAGACCAGAGUAGUAACUAUUCCAGGUUGGGGGUGAUAUGUAUGUACUGUUAAGAACAUCACAAUGUAAUCUAGAAAUAUCUUUUGGUAACAUUCAUCUGUUAGCUGAAGCACAAUAUGACCUUGUUUUUGAGAAGGAAACUUUCUGAAAUUGAUAAUUUAAUUGUCUUUGUUACCAAGGUUAUUGAAAAUCCUCAGAAAAUAAUAAGUGAGCAAAAUGAUUCUAAUGGAAGAGAAAUGAAGAAAAGAGAAGCUAAAUCUUGUAAAAGCACAUGAAUGGUCAUGGUGGGAAUGAUUAGAAAGGACCAACAAAUCUUGCACUUUGAAUUGGUAUAGCUAAGCACAUCUCUGAAAUAAGUUUGAAAUAAGCUAUAUUGCACAUGAGAAUUUGAAUGUGAACCCUGUUUUUGUGCAAUAGAGAUUGUAUGUAGUGUGAUUAAAAUCAAUGCGUGUAAGAGAGGGGGAGGGAAAUGGAAGAAAAAAGUGAAAUAUUGGAUUUUUCUUCAACUGAUUAUGUGUGUAUGAAGGGGAAAAAAGAAAUAUUUAUCCUAACUUCAGUGCAAGGUUUCUUCCAGAAAUGGAAAUAUAUAAGGACCCUGGUCCAGAAAUCAUGAAUGUCCCCUGGAGAGGGAGGAAAGACAAAAUUCUCCAUUCUAACUCAGCAGAGGGCAUACAUUCAGCAUAUAGCUGGCCCUACAUCCUCUCACUUGCCCAAAACUGAUAUGAAGAAGGACCAGGAGAAUACAAAGUGGAUGGUAGAUGGACAGUAGCUUGUCACUUCCUUCCAUUUUCUCAGAUGGCCUGAGGGGAAAAAAAAUAACAUAGUGAUCAACCUCUAAGGUCCAACUUGUCAAUUUAUGGUAUUAGUUAUAUCUUGUUUUCUUGUCCAUUUCCCCCUCUUCCUCUACCCUAUUAAGACUGAACAUUUGAGCUAACUAACUAUAGAUAAUUUACAGAAACUUGAAGAAGACAAGAUCACAUUACUUGCAGAUACACUUUUGUUAUUUUUGUUUUGCUGACAGCAUUGUCUCUGAGUUGGGUGGGAGGAGGUUGUUAAAUAAGAGCAGCAACAAUUUUAGCAAAAUCACUGGAUAGCGUUUAGAUCAGAAGAUCAUAGAAGCGUAGGAGGGAAAGUGAAUUUUACAGUGCAGAAAUCUGUGAUGCCACUGAAAUCAGAGGUAGCCCAGGAUAUGAAUAUGGAUUUGUGGUAGAAAGUACACAAAAUUUAGCUGAACCCCAAAUUGACCAAAACCUGGGUCUUAAUGAAACAAAGCAGAAUUCUCAGAGUAGCUGAAACCGACCUAGGAGUCUUAUUGAAUGAUUUCAUGCUUUGUGGCAUUACAGAAAAUUGGUUCCAUGCUUGCAAAAAGAAAAUAAAAGUUGCAUUUCUCUAUUAAAAAGCAGGAUGGGAAAAUAGGAAGGAAAAGGAUGGGGGAAGUGUUGAGUUAGUUGCGAUUUUUCCAGUCUGCCAGCUGAUUAAAGACUUACAAGAAACCAGGAUAUGCUAAAAAGAACAGUAAGGUUUCUUGCAAUGUGUUGGUUCACUUUUAAGGGCCAUAAGAAAUCAUCUCCACAUUCCUAUGUCAAUAGAUGAACAUUAACUGUUUUAAGUAUAUAGGAAGCAUUGUUUAAACUAGUGCUCUCUUCAGCACAUACCAUUUAAUUCUGCAAAUAACAAUAAUGAUCCCUCCAUCUAUAUGCUUAUUGUGUGUAUUUCUAGACAAAGAUUACUUCUAAAAUGUCAACCUGGUGCCUUCUAUAUAUGUUGAAGCUAAUCCUGUCUUGCAGUUAGGGGCACUGAAAUACUGGACAGAGGAAGCCUGCAAAAGGUAACACUGGUGCUGUCACACAGUCCUUUCUAAUCCAAACAAAAAACCUUCUGCCUGUGUGUGUCGUGAGGGAUUCAUGCCUCUAUUUGAGAAGGCAGAUUAACACUUUUCGUUAUUCCAUCUCUGGGAUCUCAGAUGAACCUAAAGCCACCUGCUGUUUAUAAUUGUAAUGUGAGUUUCAUGAUUUAAAAACCUUGGAAUAAGGAAAAUUUUCAUAUCAUAAAAGUAAUAUUUUGCUAUUUGAAGCUUAUGGUCUCUUAUUUACUUGUGUGCUUGC